UGGUCUCUUAGGAAUAAGUGACUCUGUCCCUGCUGCCUGAGAAGUCCCCUGCGUACAGCACAGCACCUGCAGGAAGAAUUCAUUUCCCUCUUCAAAAGAGGAACUCCACUGAAUGGCUGAGCAACAGGGCCAAAAAAGCAACCAGGGCAGCAAUAUGGAACCAAGGGACAGCAUGAAGAACCUGCUAACAAGCACACAGUGCCUGAAUCACCGCAAAUCACUACCCAGAAGAUCUGUUGAGAAGGUGAACAAAUGCAUUCAGGUUGACGUGGACUUGGAAGUGGAGAAUCCUAGUAUAGAUUUGACUCUUUUUCCAAAAAUCAGCCUUUCCAAGAAGCCUCAGCAAUGUCCAGGGAACACGUCACCACCCCAGCAAGGUGUCUCCUCACCUUCCCAAGGGCAGCCUGCUAUGCCAGCUCUGCUACCAUUGCUUCCACCACCUCCAUUCCAUCCUCCUAGGUGUAAGAUUCCUCCCCCACCCCUUCUCAUGCCUGGCAUAAAUGCACCAUCACUCCCACCUCCCCAGCUGUGCAGUAAUCCUGAGUGCAGCCAUUUCACUUGUGGAUACAGCGAGCAGCCCUGCCCUAAGAAGACACCGAAGCUAAGGAUGAAGGUGUUUCACUGGCAGAAGCUCCCCUCUGACGUGGUGAGACAAAGCUGCUCCAUGUGGGCUGUGGUACCAAAUGGCAGCAAGGAGCUUGUAGAGCCUGACUAUGCAAGCCUGGAGCUACUUUUCUGUGCCUCACCAACAAAACCAAAGGAGACGAGACCAGCAAAGAAGACAAAACAGGUCACAUUCAUUAGUCCAAAGAAAAGUCUCCUUCUGAGUAUAUUUCUGAAGCAAUUUAAGUGCUCCAAUGAAGAGAUUGCUAACAUGAUUCAGAAAGGGGACAGAUCCAGGUUUGAUGCUGGGAUACUGAAACAGCUACUUAAACUGCUGCCUGAAAGCCAUGAGAUAAACAAACUGAAAUCUUGCAAAGAAGAAAGGUCAGAACUAACAAAUGCAGACCAGUUUUAUCUCCAUCUCUUGGAGGUUCCUAGCUACCAGUUGCGAAUUGAAUGUAUGCUGAUUUGUGAGGAAACACAAAUUCUUCUGCAGUGUCUGUGGCCAAAAGCACAAGCCAUCAGGACAGCUUGUGAAACACUUCUUACCAGUCGUCGACUGCCGGUUUUCUGUCAGUUGAUUCUUAAAGUUGGAAACUUUCUCAACUAUGGGCAUCACACUGGAGAUGCUGGAGGUUUUAAAAUCAGCGCCUUGCUCAAACUAACAGACACAAAAGCAAACCAAAGCCACAUUACUCUGCUUCACCACAUUUUGGAGGAGGUUGAAAAAAACCACAAUGACCUGCUGCAGCUUCCCAGAGAUCUUGACUUUGUUUCCAAGGCAGCAGGGUUCCACUUUGACGCUAUGCGGGCUGAAGCAGGUGACAAUCUGAAGAAACUGCUGGAAAUAGAGAAGCGUUUAUUUUUGUCAACAGAGGAUUUAAAAAUACAGCACACAAAACUUGUUCAAAGCAGUGUCAGUGCUUCAAAGGACCUGCAGGAGGAGUUGGCCAACAUUGAAAAGAAGAAAGAAGAACUAGCUGACUAUCUUUGUGAAGACCGAAAAAAAAUGUCCUUGGAAGAUGUAUUUAACACAAUGAAAACCUUCAGGGAGCUCUUCCUCAAGGCCUUGCAGUUCAAACCUACAAGCUUUAUGUCCACUACAACGCUGUUUUCCCUAAGAGAUUACAUUUGGCACUCCAUUGGCUUACAGGGUCUCGUUCCUUGCAUUAAGAGGCAUUCUCCCAGGGCCUGUAGAUCUCCAAGUCUCUCAGCCACCAUAAGAUCUCUAAGACAUUAUGCUAAGGCACAGCAGGAAUUUAUCAGGCAGGAAAACCAAGAAAGGAAGGAGCAAGCUGCAAAGUCUGAGAAAAGGAAGAAAGAACUCAAAGUAGAAGACACGAAAAGGCUAAAGGCAGAGCAUGGAAAGAGCAGUAUAUUUAGAAAAAAAUGA